AUGGGCACGGACAUCGCAUGCGUCAAGCUCGGCGGCGUCCACGUCGUGUCCAUCACCUGCCCAGAGAUCGCACGGGAGGUGCUCCGGAAGCAGGACGCAAACUUCAUAUCCCGCCCGCUCACUUUCGCGUCCGAGACGUUCAGCGGCGGCUACCGGAACGCUGUGCUCUCGCCCUACGGCGACCAGUGGAAGAAGAUGCGCCGCGUCCUCACCUCCGAGAUCAUCUGCCCGUCUCGCCACGCGUGGCUCCACGACAAGCGCGCCGACGAGGGCCGACAACCUCACCCGCUACGUCUACAACCUCGCCACCAGAGCCGCCGGCGACGUCGUCGACGUGCUGCACAUGGACGCCGUGUUCACCUCCCUCGGCCUCCUCUACGCCUUCUGCGUCUCCGACUACCUCCAUGGCUGCGGGGCCUCGACAUCGACAGCCACGAGAAGAUCGUCAAGGAGGCUAACGAGACGGUGAACAGGCUCCACGACACGGUCAUCGACGACCGGUGGAGGCAGUGGAAGAGCGGCGAGCGGCAGGAGAUGGAGGACUUCCUGGAUGUGCUCAUCACGCUCAAGGACGCCCAGGGCAACCCGCUGCUGACCAUCGAGGAGGUCAAAGCGCAGUCGCAGGACAUCACGUUCGCGGCGGUGGACAACCCGUCGAACGCCGUGGAGUGGGCGCUGGCAGAGAUGGUGAACAACCCGGAGGUGAUGGCGAAGGCGGUGGAGGAGCUCGACCGCGUCGUCGGCCGGGAACGGCUAGUGCAGGAGUCGGACAUCCCCAAGCUCAACUACGUGAAGGCCUGCAUCCGGGAGGCGUUCCGGCUGCACCCGGUGGCGCCGUUCAACGUCCCGCACGUCGCGCUCGCCGACACCACCAUCGCCGGCUACUGCGUCCCCAAGGGCAGCCACGUGAUCCUAAGCCGCACGGGGCUGGGCCGCAACCCGCGCGUGUGGGACGAGCCCCUGCGCUUCUACCCGGAUCGCCACCUCGCCGCCGCGUCCGAUGUCGCACUCACUGAGAACGACCUGCGGUUCAUCUCCUUCAGCACCGGCCGCCGCGGCUGCAUCGCGGCGUCGCUCGGCACCGCCAUGAGCAUCAUGCUCUUCGGCAGGCUCCUGCAGGGGUUCACCUGGAGCAAGCCGGCCGGGGUCGAGGCCGUCGACCUCAGCGAGUCCAAGAGCGACACCUUCAUGGCCACCCGUUGGUGCUGCACGCCGUGCCGAGGCUGCCGGCGCACCUCUAUACCCGGCCAUCUCCGUCUGAUUAAUCGGCCGGCCAGUCAUUAUAUUGUAUGCAUAUAA